AUGUCUCCCAGCCUCCGGGGAGAUGCUGAGCUCGGGGAAAGCAAGUCCUGCUCCUUUUCAAUCGAGAGCAUUUUAGGACUGGACAAGAAAAAAGAUUGUGUAACGUCUACAAGACCCCACAGACCCUGGACAGACACCUGCGGCGACUCGGAGAAAGAUGGCAACCCAUGCCUGCAUGCUCCAGACCUUCCCAGUGAGGCCUCAUUGCCUUGUCCAUGGCCAGAAGAAAGGGCUUUGAAAUGUGAAAAUUAUUUUUCAACCUCAGAAACUCUCGCUUUGAAAAGAGAGUUGAGUUGGUACAGAGGACGAAGACCAAGAACUGCUUUCACCCAAAAUCAGGUUGAGGUAUUGGAAAAUGUCUUCAGAGUGAACUGCUACCCUGGCAUUGACAUCAGAGAGGACCUAGCUCAAGAGCUGAAUUUAGAGGAGGACAGAAUCCAGAUUUGGUUCCAAAAUCGUCGGGCAAAGCUGAAAAGGUCCCGUAGAGAAUCACAGUUUCUAAUGGCAAAAAAGCCCUUCAACACAGAUCAUCUGAAAUAG